CCCAUCGGCGACAACAUAGACUAUGACGGAAAGCUACAGACAUUACUCUUCAUAAACUGCUAUUUCUCUCACGAGAGCUGGCCGUCUGACCCGAUAAAAGCGGGCGAACAGUGCGUUAAUCAAGUAUUUGUGGACGAGUGGACACAAAUCAAUGAAUGCGUCCAAUUAGACGACGCCUACUUCGCACAGCAACAGGAGAAGGUGGCGGCUCUCAUACCACCCCUUAGAUACACGCCAUGGAUUAUCAUCGAAGGCAAACACAGUCAGGCAUCUGAAGUGCACUUAAGUCGAGCCGUUUGUGACUCUUAUGAGGGUAAAUGGAAGCCAUGGGCCUGUUAUGCACCCCCACCGGCCCUCCAAAAACCAAUCGUGGAGUUACAUUACGAGCCCUUAAACAAAGAUUCUCAAACUUUUAUUAUCUCUCAAUUGGAUCACUUGAAGACACACGUGGAUGAGAUAAUUCGUUUGGAUAUUAUUCCUUACGGCAGAACCAUUAAGAAUAGCGACAAUACCUUCCAGUGUCCUAAUGAUGAGGAAUGCCAUACNAGAACCAUUAAGAAUAGCGACAAUACCUUCCAGUGUCCUAAUGAUGAGGAAUGCCAUACAUUCAAACAACACGCGUGUGUUAGGACACUAUUCCUCGAGAGUAAGCCAACGGAAACAAUAGACUUUUUGUUGUGUGCAUUUGGCUCUGAUAUGUCGAAUGUGCCGCAAGUGACCGAAGAAUGCGUGAAUCAGCACUUUGUGGACAGUUGGACUGAUAUAGACCUGUGUGCCAAGAGUAGGGGCGACCAACUGUUGGCUGAAUUGGCGGCUAUUGUGGCCGCAUUGAACCCGAAGUUGUCUCAUACUCCUUGGAUUUUGGUGAAUGGCAAACACGAUGUAGAGGCGGAGGACAAUCUCGUGCAAGAGAUUUGUGAAACAUUUUACCCUACUGAUAAGCCUUUGCAAUGUAUUCCCGAAUUACUGUCCGUUUCUAUUAAUUACCAAAACAUGGAGACAUCGGUUGCCGAGUUUGUGGACAAACAAAUCAAACCCUAUCGGCCAUACUUUGAGGAGCUGGCUUCUAUUGAUUUUGUUGCUUAUGGUCUCACAGAAAGAGACGGAACUGGAUUUAAAUGUCCUCAAAAUGAGGCCCAGUGUAACGCCAACAAAGUUCAUGCGUGUGUUUACCACAAUUUCUGGGAAAAACUGGAUCAUUCAAAUGUUAUGGACUUAGACGAAAGUCGUUACCGAACUCUUGGAUUCCUGAUCUGUGCCUUCGAAAAGAGUACCUCUGAUCCGGUGGACGACGCCAACCAGUGUCUCAACCAGGAAAUGGGUGGAGACUAUUGGGAUACUAUCGAGACCUGUGCUCACGGACCCGAUGGUAUCGCACUUUACGAAGAAUUGGCUAAGAAAACAGAGGCAUUG